UCUAGCAUGAGAAAGGGUCUGCGGCCCCUUUAAGAACGGACCGCGCGUUGCAUGCUGGGCAAGGUAGGCCAACAGAAGCCCAGCUGGCCAAUCAGGAGGCGUUGGUAGGCGUGCAUUGCAAGCAACGGACAGAGAAGUGAAUGGUCCACCUGGUCCUUCUUUCCGGGGGCAGAAAAGAUGGAUUUGGAGAAGCUGCGCCUCUUGAACCAAGAUCUCCUCCAAAAACUCAGAGACAACCAAGAAGAGUUCAAGAAACGGAUCCAUCUCCAACUGGCCCCUCCAUCAUCCCCAGGCGGCCGAAAAGCCUCUCCGGAAAGCAGAGAGAUCAUGGAGGCCAAGGGCCAGAAGGAGAACCGAGGCCUGUUUCCCAACGCUUUGAGGACCGUAUCCGCAGGAGAACGGCGGCUUAGGAUGGAGACACCCGGCCCCGAUUCCUCCUCCUCGAACCCAUCACCGUCCCGCAACGGAGGUCCGAACGAGAGACGUCUCUGGGGACGUUUGGAUCCUGGUUCUCCUGGUGCCAAAGUGGUUUUGGUGCCAUCAACGGAGGCAUCCGGAUCUUCAGAAACUGGUCCCACGGCAGAAAAUGGUCGCCUUCAAAAGGAACCGAGAAAACCACCUGUGUCUUUGGAAGAGCCGAGUUCCGGAGAGAAACCGGACGCAACGCCGACCAAGGCGAGAACGUCCGUCCGGAUGCCGCAGACCCCCAAGUCGAUCCUGCUUACGGCGGGGUGCAAGGGCUCCAAAGAGAAACCAAAGAAGGAGGCCGGGCGUGUGACGUUCGUAUCUGACCCCGCGGAGGACACAAUCCCAGCUGACCGCUGGUCCGUCCGCCCGUUCCUGGGUUACGACUGGAUCGCAGGGCUGCUGGACGCGGGUCCUUCUUCCGUGGCAGAGAAACCGGAUCAGUACUUUUCCGAGCUUCAAGAGUUCCGGCGAGUGAACCGAGACGCUUGCAUCUACGACCAGGAUUUGUGGUCAGAAGACCCGGCUUCUUCGGCUCGCCACCGAGAAUCAGAAACAGACCCGGCUUCCCAUCAAUGUGUCUUCUGCUACCGGUUGAACAAGCGCCUCUUUCCGCAACCCCUGAAUCCUGAAUCCGCUUGCCCUGUUUGCAAAACCCCCCGAAACCAGAGACCCCCGGAGACCCCAGUGGAACCCGCCUUUGUCAGGGUCAGCAUCCCAAGAUCGACCCUCCUUCCGGCUUACAAGCACAAAAUCCAUCGCAGGAAAAGCUACGAACCGGCCGAUGACUUGGCGUUGCCUUCUCACUGCCUGGCCGGCUGGGAGAACCCAAUCCGAGCAUUUAGUCCGACGCUCAGCAGCCUGGACCUGGGCUCUUCCUUGAACGCUAAUCCGGCCGGAUGCUCCAAAAAGGGUUCUCGAGUGUCGGGGGGAACCCGAACCGACGAACUGCUGGACCGUUCCCGCAUGGCAGAAUUCGAACUCGGAAACAUCACCCGGCACCAGAAGCGCCAUAAGCCCCCAUUUGGAAAAGCCAAUUAAAAAGCGCAUUUGCCUUUUCCCUUGCACUUUAUUAAUUCAUUGGGAACCGAUAAGAGAUAUUUUAUAAGCUAUCAGGACAUCAUGCAUUGGGCCAUUCAAGAAAUUAUAUGGGCACAUAAUUAUGCAUAAUUGCAUAAUUAUGCAGCUUCUUUUUUAAUUUUCACUCAUCACCUUUAAAAAAUAUUAUUAUUAUUAUUAUUAUUAUUAUUAGCCUGCCUUUCCUUACAGAUCGAGGCAAGUUACAUACAUAAACCAUGGUUUAGGGUGAUGCGUGAAAAAUGUGCGACCUGGAUAAGCCGUGGUUUAGCGCAAUGCGCAAAAGGGCAUGAAUAGCAUAAAUCAUGGUUCGGCGUCAUGUGCAAAAAUGUGCCACUGGCAUAAGGCAUGGGUUAGUGUGACGUGUGGAAAUGUAUGGCAACCAUAAAGCAUGGUAUAGUUUAGUCAGUGCAAUGUGCGAAGAUGUGUGGCUAGCAUAAGCCAUGGUUUAGUGUGAUGCCUCCAGGAAAGCCAAAUAUGUAUGUCUCCUAACUACGUAGAAACUAUCUGCAGGGAUCCACCUUGAAAUGGGAAUCUUCUGAAGGAUGGUGGUGAUCUUUUCCGGCUUCUCAUUGGCUCUUCUUCGGUUGCCAUGGUGACCGGUAUGCAGCAUCCUUUUCCCCAGCAUUCCAUCCAUGGACCGUUUGAAACAGCACAUGCUUGGUCCUUCAUUGCCUCCCUGGAUGAUGCUGUGGCUACUGAGCUACGAAUUGUGGCUACUUGGAUCCAUCUGCGGUGCCAGCGUAUGGCUGGAUGCCGGGGAGUUCCAUAUCCGCUGGAACCAGUGGCAGCCAUGGGUUUGCAUGUGUGACUUGAGCAAGCAGGCUCGGAUCCGGCAUUUUGUGGUGCGUGAAAUCAACGCCACAUUUGCCCCGAAGACCUCCGAGUUUUGGCAGGAGAAGGCCUGCUCCUUGGAGGACUGUGGGACCUGUCUGCCAGAGGAGUGCCCUGGCGACGCCGAAAACGCACGCUCCUUCAGCUUCUUCCAGCGAUUCCAGAGCCUAUCGUCCCCCAAACCCCAUGAGGUGGAGAUCCCUCUGCCCCCAGAGACAGACCUCCUCCCGUCGUACGACAGCCUGCCCUCGGUGGACGACGUCGGCCACAGAUAGCAAAGGCGGGUGUUUAUUUCCCCAUGGAUGGACUUCAGUGCUCAUCAUCCACAGAUGAAAGGAUGGGGGCUGAUGGGCAUUGUAGUUGGCAAAAUCCAAAGUUAUGGGAGUCUGAUCUGAGCUCUGCCGCAUCAGAUGUUGCGCACAUCAAUGCAUCCAAGCGGAGAAUGGAGAGAUCUGCAAAGAGAGGAAUGAUUCCACUGAUUUCGCUUUUGGCUGAUUUCAUUUUUACAUUUCAUUGAUUUCGCUUUUCACUGAUUUCAAUUUUUUUUUAACACAGUGAUCCAAAAUGGCGAACGAGGUUUUUUCCUGCCCUGAGACUAUAGACUUAUGGUCUAUAGGCUAUGUUUAUGGUCUUCAACCAUAAACCAUGGUCUAUGCGAGUUGCACAUUUCUGCGUAUCACGCUAAAUGAUGGUUUGUGAGAGUUGUGCAUUUAAAUCCAGAAUAAAGCGGUGGAUUCGAGUCUGA